AGGGAGGGGAGAGAGAGAAAAUAGCUAACUCCUUGCGAGGUGUCGAGGAAGGCAAACGCAAGUAAAAUUGUCCGCUCCUCCCUUUCCACCGACGAUCUUUCCUCUCCCUAUGCUUGUGUGAGAACCAACACGAAAAGGAAAAAACACAAACCUUAAAAAGCUGCAAACACAAAACGUUCAUUGCAAUUUGUUUUUAGAGAAGAUACUAUUCGCGCCUGCAGUUGUUAAAUCUUCUUCACUGCGAACUGAAGAAAUCAUUUAAUAUAAAAGAAUGAGUGCGUUUAAAGAAAAAGUCUCAAAUCAACUAUCUCGUCUCUUUGCCGGGUCACCCAAUUCUUCUUCUCCUGAUAAUUCUCAGGCCAGGCCGUGCUCUAAAGGGGAAAAAUCAUCUUCAUAUUUUCCCUUCGCCAUCCCUUCACUAAGCUUUGUCGGGUCUAGAUCUAACAAGCACCAGGAUGAGUUAAAACUAAUUCAAUCACUUCCUGUUAGAUGGAACGGUAAAGAUCUUGAACAGCGAGAAGAAUACUCAGAUAGGUAUCAUGAAUGCAGCACAAUAUGCGAGACAGAGGAAUUCCAAAAAUCUUGUAAAGACGACAAAGAAUACAAUGCAGCUUUCGAAAACAAUCAAACUGUUAAAAGUCAUGACGGUAAUGAUGAUGCUGCCCCUGCAAGGAGCAGUAGUGAUAGUGAUUUAUUUGAAGAAGCAAAUAAUCAGACUCCACGAAAGCCUUUUCCCUGUCUCAUGGAUGAGUCCACUUUUAUUUCCUCAGAGCUGUAUGAGUUCUUGCUCUCAUCCCUUCCUAAUAUUGUGAAGGGAUGCCAGUGGACCUUGCUGUACAGUACGUUGAAGCAUGGCAUAUCACUUCAUACACUUAUUCGCAAGAGUGCCGCUGUUUCUGGUCCUUGUUUGCUGAUUACCGGUGAUAGACAAGGUGCUGUGUUUGGUGGGCUGCUAGAAUGUCCAUUGAAACCUACUGCCAAGAGAAAAUAUCAGGGGACAAACCAAUCAUUUGUAUUUACAACCAUUUAUGGUGAACCAAGGAUAUUUAGACCAACUGGUGCCAACAGAUAUUACUACUUGUGCUUGAAUGACAUACUAGCACUUGGAGGUGGUGGCAACUUUGCUUUGUGCAUGGAUGGAGAUCUGUUGAAUGGAACUAGUGGACCUUGUCAAACAUUUGGUAACUUGUGCCUGGCCCAUAACCCAGAGUUUGAGUUAAAGAAUGUUGAGCUCUGGGGGUUCACACAUGCAUCAAAAUACCUUACCUGAUGAUGGUAGGCAAGAUAUGGAAGCUUCUUGUUUUGUCGCCUUUGAUUAGUUUGUGAUUUCAUUCUUUAUUCUUUGGAUCAUGGAGUACUCCAUUUAUGCAGAGAAUUGGCCCUGGUAAAAUUUUAGAUUUGAAUUCUGAUUUAUGUGAAUAAAGCCAUGGUAAUCCGGUCUUCAGACCUGAGACCAUUUCAUCAAA